CUGACCUUAAGUUUCACCUACCUCUUGCAUGGCCGACCCUAAGUUUCACCUACCUCUUGCAUGUCUGACCUUAAGUUUCACCUACCUCUUGCAUGUCUAACCUCCUCCCCGAGUCUGAACCCUUGCAGCCUGAUACAGUUGCAUUGUUUCCUACAGAUAGCUUUGCCACAAACAUUAUAGGAAGAUUACUAAUUGUUAGAAAUCCUGAUUUUAGUUUGAAAUUUGUUUGUGUUUGUCUGAUCCAACAAAUGACAACGGUGUUAGGAUCUCCACCGAAACGUCGCAUCUACUGCAACAAAGAAGUUGUCUAUCCAUAUAAAGUGUUCCUCUUCAUCAUGUCAGCUUCUAAAUGCCACAUAAGGAAGUGAUGUAACAUGACCAUGACCGUGACCAUGACACUGUACAGGAUACAUGUUGUUGAUACAACUGCAACCAUGACACUGUACAGGAUACAUGUUGUUGAUACAACUGCAACCUUGACACUGUACAGGAUACAUGUGGUUGAUACAACUGCAACCUUGACACCGUACAGGACACAUGUUGUUGAUACAACUGCAACCUUGACACCGUACAGGAUACAUGUUGUUGAUACAACUGCAACCUUGACACUGUACAGGAUACAUGUUGUUGAAACAACUGCAACCUUGACACUGUACAGGAUACAUGUUGUUGAUACAACUGCAACCAUGACACUGUACAGGAUACAUGUUGUUGAUACAACUGCAACCUUGACACUGUACAGGAUACAUGUUGUUGAUACAACUGCAACCUUGACACCGUACAGGAUACAUGUUGUUGAUACAACUGCAACCAUGACACUGUACAGGAUACAUGUUGUUGAUACAACUGCAACCUUGAGACUGUACAGGAUACAUGUUGUUGAUACAACUGCAACCUUGACACUGUACAGGAUACAUGUUGUUGAUACAACUGCAACCUUGACACUGUACAGGAUACAUGUUGUUGAUACAACUGCAACCUUGACACUGUACAGGAUACAUGUUGUUGAUACAACUGCAACCAUGACACUGUACAGGAUACAUGUUGUUGAUACAACUGCAACCAUGACACUGUACAGGAUACAUGUUGUUGAUACAACUGCAACCUUGACACUGUACAGGAUACAUGUUGUUGAUACAACUGCAACCUUGACACUGUACAGGAUACAUGUUGUUGAUACAACUGCAACCUUGACACUGUACAGGAUACAUGUUGAUACAACUGCAACCUUGACACUGUACAGAAUACAUGUUGUUGAUACAACUGCAACCUUGACACCGUACAGGAUACAUGUUGUUGAUACAACUGCAACCAUGACACUGUACAGGAUACAUGUUGUUGAUACAACUGCAACCUUGACACUGUACAGGAUACAUGUUGUUGAUACAACUGCAACCAUGACACUGUACAGGAUACAUGUUGUUGAUACAACUGCAACCUUGACACUGUACAGGAUACAUGUUGUUGAUACAACUGCAACCUUGACACUGUACAGGAUACAUGUUGUUGAUACAACUGCAACCAUGACACUGUACAGGAUACAUGUUGUUGAUACAACUGCAACCAUGACACUGUACAGGAUACAUGUUGUUGAUACAACUGCAACCUUGACACUGUACAGGAUACAUGUUGAUACAACUGCAACCUUGACACCGUACAGGAUACAUGUUGUUGAUACAACUGCAACCUUGACACCGUACAGGACACAUGUUGUUGAUACAACUGCAACCAUGACACUGUACAGGAUACAUGUUGAUACAGCUGGAAGCACGUGUCCAGCUGCCCACAAAGUGUCAAUGACUUCCUGGAAUGUAUCAAUGUAACAACUGUGAUUUACUCUUACUUUCAUCAGAUAAGGUUUACUGUCAGAUAUUUUGUACCUAAAUAAAGGAUCUUGGCCUUGA